AUGGAUACGAAUGAUUGUGUUCUAUCACUAAUCGAUGAGCUGGAACAUCGACAUCAAAUUCUAUCUCGUCUUCAAACUCAGUUCCAACAGGCAUUUCUCCAGCUUACCAAAAAAAAGGCUCAAUAUCCAUCGUAUACUGCUCAACUCCCAGCUGCGACGAUUUCCAAACAUCCCCGAUGCUCUGUUCGCUUGGAUGCCAUGGAAGCGUCUUCAUCAACAAAACAUUUCAACAUUUCAUCUGCUUUGCAGGUUCGUUUACAAAGCCAUUCACCCACGAUGAAACCCUUUAUCCAGUCGGUGAGCUUUGAUAUUGUCGGCCAUGACUUUUUAUCCUGCUUACAAGAAGUUGCGCUCUUAUGUCAGUCGAAUCAAACCAUUCAAUUGUUAUUGGAGUCCAUACAAAACGAAUCCACAAAGUGA